AUGCGGGAUGCAUCAAACGAUAAAGGCCCGUUGGCACCUUUGCUGGUGGCUAUGAAUGCAGACUCUCAGGUGCAUCUCAUCAUCGGCUCAAGUCCACUUGCCGCCGCUCGUUGCAUUAAGAGUCUGGAAGCUGGCGCAAAGCCAGUCAUCAUCGCACCGGAUACCGGGGACCUGCAGUAUACUCUGGCGGAGCGCAUAGAAAAUGGCUCGGCCCAGUGGAUUCGCAGAGAAUUCCAAGACACCGAUCUGACCAGCUUGGGGAGGGAAGAAGUCGACCAUGUUGUGGACACGGUCUUUGUCACUCUGGGCGGGGCUCAUCCUCUGAGCCCUCAUAUAUCUAAGCUCUGUCGGCGACUAAGAAUUCCGGUCAAUGUGUCGGAUGCUCUGAACCUUUGCACUUUCAGUCUUCUCUCAACCUACUCGGAUGGCCCUCUGCACGUGGGAAUUACCACCUCUGGACGUGGCUGCAAGCUUGCUUCUCGGCUAAGAAGGGAAAUUGCGUCGGUUCUUCCCCCAAAUCUUGGAUCCGCCAUCGAUCGUUUAGGGUCAGUGCGGAGACGUCUAUGGGAGGAAGACUAUGCGGCAGGCCUAUGCGAAGCCUCGCUGGAAGUCGACGAGGACGACUCAACGGGCCAGAAGCACACUUUCAACAACCUAGUGACGGAAGACGACGUUUCUGCUGCCAAAACCCGGCGCAUCCGCUGGCUGUCCCAGAUUUGCGAGUAUUGGCCGCUCCGCAAACUUGCCGCCAUCAACGACUCCGACAUCGAAAAUAUUCUUCAGGCGUACUCGUCCAGCAAAGAUAGUCUCGAGGAUGUCAAUGGGGUCGACAAUGUCCAGAAACAUGGCAAAAUUGUGCUGGCUGGUUCUGGACCAGGACACCCAGAUCUACUCACCCGAGCAACAUACAAUGCCAUUCAAACCGCCGACCUCAUCCUCUCAGAUAAGCUUGUCCCGGCGCCGGUGCUGGAAUUGAUUCCUCGAAGGACCGAGGUCCAUAUUGCACGAAAGUUUCCUGGUAACGCAGACCAAGCACAGGAGGAGUUCUUGCGAAUGGGUCUCGAUGCUUUACGUCGUGGACGACACGUUCUUCGUCUAAAGCAAGGUGAUCCUUAUCUCUAUGGCCGAGGAGGAGAGGAGUUUGAGUUCUUCCGGAACGAGGGCUAUACGCCUCUUGUUUUGCCAGGAAUCACCAGCGCGCUGAGCGCUUCGUUGUUUGCCGAAAUCCCCGCAACCCACCGCGGCGUAUCCGACCAAGUUUUGAUCUGCACCGGAACAGGAAGGAAAGGAGCGGCCCCCAACCCCCCUACGUAUGUGCCGACCCAAACGGUGGUCUUCCUAAUGGCACUGCACCGACUGUCGGCACUGGUGGAAUCUUUGACGGCCCCGCCCGAGGACGUCUCGCAUUCCCGAACGCUGUGGCCCAAGGACACACCGUGUGCCAUCAUUGAACGGGCAUCAUGCACGGAUCAGCGGGUGAUCCGUUCUACCUUGGAGCAUGUCUGUCUGGCCUUUGAAGCCGAAGGGUCUCGUCCUCCCGGUCUGUUGGUGGUUGGGGCCAGCUGCCACAUUUUACAUCAACCUAAGGAUCAAAAGUGGGUUGUUGAAGAGGGGUUCAAGGGACUCGAUGAGCUGCGGCAUAUUCCUGAGGUAGCUACGAUGUCAGAGAAGGAAUAG